AGGCUAACCACUUGCCAUGGCUGUUCUGGGACAGGAAGAGGCUAUAACAGUCCUGCGUUUUUCUGCUUGCUGCUCUUCAUCCGCUGGCACGUAGCACACGAGGUGACAAAUUUUUGGACGUCGUCCACCAUGUGGGGCCAGUAGUAGUGCUUUGCAAUACCGGUGAGCGUCUUGUUGCUACUGAAGUGUCCUGCGUAUAGGACAUUGUGAUAUUCUUCGAGUAGCAACUGGCGCAAAGGAGGGUAAUUGGGUACCCAGAUUUUUGUGGAUCCUUUCUGGUAUGCGAUGCCACUGUCCCACUGGAGCAUGCAUCGUUUUGGUGCCAAAGGAAUUUCGGGUAGUAUGCCAUCGACCCCGAAGUGGAUUCAUCGACCCCGAAGGGUUGAAGAUUCCCUUGAGUAGUGGAUUCAUCCCUUCAACCUGGAUUGCGGCAACGUGUGCAGGCCGACUGAGAGCGUCGACUUUGUUUUUAUGGCCGGGCUUGUACACGAUGUCGUAGUGGAAGUGUGUCUCGAGGAAGUCAAUCCGCCGGACCUGCCGCCUGGAAAGAGUUGGUUGUGUCUUCAAACAUUUCAGGCUGCAGGGGUCGGUGUAGACGGUUGUUUUUCGUCCUUUGAGAUAACAUCUCCACGUUUUGAAGGUGAUGAUAAUAGCAAGGGCCUCCUUGUCAUGUAUCGGGUAGUUUAGUUCUGCCCCGUGUAGUUUCUUUCUAAGGUAGGCGAUUGGUUGCAGUCCAUUCCCUUGGUCUUGCAUCAAGACUGCUCCUUUUGCCUGGUUGCAAGCGUCAGCUUCGAUGACGUAGUCGCGUUCGGGGUCUGGCAAGAUGAGUACGGAUGCAGACGUGAGUGCCUGUUUCAGCUGCUUCACGACUUCUUGAUGUUGUGGUUCCCACUUAUAGGGCGUGUUCUUCUUCAGCAGAUUCGUGAGUGGUGUUGCGAUUUUCGCGUACUGUGGCAUGAACCUGUUGAAAUAGUUAGCGAAGCCUAGGAACUGCUGCAACUCCUUCACAUUCUCGGGUGUCUUCCACAUGCGUAUGGCUUCGAUCUUCUUGGGAUCGACGUGAACUCCUUGAGCGCUCACCAUGUGUCCGAGGAAUUGGACUUUCUCGAGGGCGAAUUUGCUCUUGGAUAAUUAGACAUAGAACCGUUCUCGUCGAAGAAUGUCGAAGACGCGUCGAAGGUGUUGGAUGUGCUGCUGCAUGUCGCGCGAGUAAAUGAGGAUGUCUUCCAGGUACACCACCAAGCAUUCAUUUAAGAAUGGUCGUAGUAUGUAGUUCAUUUCGGCUUGGAAUGUUGCCGAUGCGUUGGUGAGUCCAAAUGGCAUUACCAGAUACUCGUACGACCCGUACCGAGUUGGGAAGGCCGUUUUGUGGAUUUAUCUGCCAUUCGUAUCUGCCAGUAUCCGAACCGCAGAUCUAGUUUGGAAAAAACCGUAUCUCCCCGAAGCUGGUCAAGCAGGUCAUCGAUUCGUGGAAUCGGGUACUUGUUUUUUAUGGUCUGCUUAUUGAGAGCUCGGUAAUCUAUGCACAUGGGCAGGCUCCCGUCCGGUUUCGGUGUGAAGAUUACUAGGGCACCGUAUGGCGAAGUGGAUGGUCGGAUAAGUCCUUUGGCGAGGAGAUACUCGAUCUACUUCUUCAUGUCGGCUAGCUCUGUAGGACUGAGCCGAUAUGGUGCUCAAAAGAUCGGCUUCGAACCGGGUUCUUCCACGAUCUCGUGUUGGUGCGUUUCGUAUGGCGGCAGCUCGUUCUGGAGGUCGUUGAGAAGAAUGUCUUGCAAUUCCUUUAAGUAUUUCCUUGAUUUUUUUUUUAGGUUCCGAGGCUUUCUCUCCGUCACUCUCCACCUUUGUUGCUAUCGCCAGGAAUCCAGUGUCAGUUCGCUUGACGUCCUUCUCGAAUCUUGCGAGUGUCUCCAUUGGGAUAUCUCAUGUAUCGUCCCAGUUGGGUAGCUGGACUCUCCUUCCGUUGUUGUAGAUGCUUGCGGUGCGAUUUACUCAGUUGAUCUCGGGGUUAAAUCUUUUUAGGAAGUCUCGCCCGAAGAUCAAGUCAAGCCCUUUUAUGUUGGUGAUGGGGAGUGCAGGUCUCUAGCGCAGUGGUCCGAUUUGUAGGUGUAGCACUGCUUCGUCGUAUACUGGUAACUUGCUGCCGUCCACUGUCGUUGCAGAGAAUGCUGAAGGCUUCUACUCUUCUCGAAUUCAGUUGAUUGUUGCCUUGUCACAUACUGUACUCGCCCGAACUCGUUUCGCCAAGUUUCGCGGUCGGCUCGCAUCUCCUCCUGUAGGGCGGCGAUGUCGCGAAGAGCUGCUGGGUAACCUCGGCGUUGUCGAAGUUCGCCAUCAUGUUCAAAACACGCGCCGAGGGGUCAAUUCAAAAACGCGGAGCUCGUGCUUACCAGAACGGCGCCGAAUUAGUCGCCCCCGGCGGUUUUUUGAAGAAGGUUUUCCCGCUGCUUCUGCUUAGCUGAGCGCGCCCGGGUGAGAAAAGCUCUGAUUACCAAGUGUUACAGCAUCAAACGUGUCGAGGAAAAGUUGCACUAUCGAUUGAUAUAAGGCACUUUUAUACUUCCAGAGUACAUCAGGUAACUAGGUUUAUCUUAUCCAAAGGGAAUAGACCCUUCUAGAAAUAGAAUCACCUUGCGUAUAGCCAUGCGAGGCUAUUGGCUUAAAGGGACUACGGCAGGAUUACGCUAGAUAUGGCACGCCAGUACAUCCCGAGCCUGGUCGGUGAUAUAAUAAUAAUAAUAGGAUAAACAAAAGGAUAAUGAAAUAGGAAACCAAAUCAGAUGAGAUAAAGACCAAAUGAAUCAGAAGUGAGAGAGGAAUGAAAUAGAAAGGAAAUAUGGAAAGAGAAGAAGUGUAACGGGGUCGUACUCUCACAGACCCCGACCCCUCGCACAUACGCGGACGCGACCUUGGGACCUUGGGCCUCUCAUUGGAUAGCUGCCAUGGAGCAGGAAAUGGCAUCUUGGAGAUCCACCUGCACCUACGUCGACGCAGUUCCCCCACCUGGGGUGAACGUAGUCGAUGGUCGGUGGCUCUUCAAGGUGAAGCGCCCUCCUGGAGAGACGCCUAUGUUCAAGGCGUGCUACGUUGCUCGAGGCUUCAGUUAGCGCGAGGGUGUGGACUUCUUUCAGACCUUCGCCCCGACCCUGAAGAUGACUACUCUUCGGGCGCUGCUACAUGUAGCAGCACAUCGUGACUACGAGCUUCACUCCCUCAACUUCUCCCGACCGCCCAUCCGUGCCUCCCCUAGCGCCCCUCCUCUGCCUGUCUACGGCCCUGUCUUGCCUGCGCCGGACUCGUCCCCGACUCGUCUCCCCCCUCGUUCCCCUCCUGCGUCUCCUCCCUUGUCUCCAUACCCCACGCCCCCCUCUCGCUGGUGGUCUCACCGUCCAUUCCGUACUCAUCAUGUCUCUCCUACUCCGAGUGUCCACCCUAUGUCUCUCCGUUCUCACGUGUCCUGUGCUCCUCCCGCUCCUCUUCUCCCGAAACCUCCUCAAUCGUCUCUCUUUGUCUCCUUGCCUCCUCUCUCCAACUUUCUCCGUGCUGCUCGACCUCUGGUUCCUCGUGUCCUCACCUCUCUUCUUACCGACCCGCUCGUUCCUGUCUCCAAUCUCUCAGCUCUUGUCGUUGUUGUCGCUGACUUUGCCUCUACCCGCCGCCUUGACUUUACCACUGCCCUGCCCGUCCUCCGUCCGUCGGGGGUGCACCUUCCCUUGGCAGUGACGUUCUAUAGGACAGGCUAUGCAAGCUAGCUUUCCUGCCCAAGGCCGCUCUUCAUCUCUGCUCCAUGCUGUUAGCCUCUGAGGAUGCCCUUGACA